AUAAGUGUUUCAGUGUUAGUAAAUUACUAAUUUUUACUGUAAUUAAUUUAUAAAAAUAUCGGCAAAAAUAUCGGCAUAAUAUUAUGAAAUUUCGGAAAUUAUUACGAAAAUACUGAAAAAAUGAAUUUAUCGCCAGCUUAUUCGUUCAACACGUUUUUCACUUAUGUAACAAUAAUCCUGUUACUAGCCACAUACUUGCAAUCUGCUGACGGUGAUGAUGUCACUUGUCCGACGAUCUCCUCAUCGUACAACCUGUUGGAAAAGUUCAACCUAAACGAUCCUGAUUCCGUAGCAACAACAAUCACGGGCAUCUCUAAACAGACCACUGCAUACCAUUUCUCCAAGAACGCCAACUUCCAGAUUGAGUCUGACUCUGUUUUCCCUGACCCGCUACCCGAAAAAUUUCUUCUGACCAUCGUCUUUCGACUGACCGGUCGUCUGCCGAAAAGAAUUUUUGAUUUGAUUCACCUGGAAAAUGAAGAAGGUGACGUGGUGUUCGCCAUCCACCUGGACAUCAUGGGGCAGACCAUGUACCUCACUGUGCCCUCUGCUGACGGAGAGCCCAUGACUGUCGAGUUCGAUAAAGAACCACUCAGUAGUAGACUGUACGAGAAAAACUGGCAGAGGCUGCAGAUCAUAUUUGAACCCGGGAAGAUUGAGAUCUACAUGGACUGCAUAAAACUGACCACAUCUCUCGUGGAAUACUCUUUGAACAUUGCUGGCACGAUGACCUUUGUUGGGUGGAAAGAUGGAAUAGACAGUGCACCGAUCGACUUGCAGUCUGUUUUCAUGCACUGCGACACGAAGUUGAGCAAGGAUGGAUGCAUUGAUUAUGCCUCAUCAACUACAACAACAACGACAACGACAAUCCUUCCAAUUUCCAUCAUGGUGCCAUCAGGAUUCGAAACAAGUGGUGGUCAGUGCACUGUUAAAUGUCCACAAGGUCCAGUUGGCCCACAGGGCCAUCCAGGUGUUCCAGGACAGAUGGGCUACAAGGGAGAAAAGGGAGAUAAGGGCAUACAGGGACCGCCAGGCGCUGCGGCUGUGAUAGAAGAAGAUCAACUUGAGAAGUUGAAAGGUUCCAAAGGCUUUAAGGGUGAUAAAGGAGAUUCUGGACUGAAAGGAGAACAAGGUCCACCAGGCCAGGGGGUAUCACUCUCCGGAAAAUUGGACAAAACUUUCCAACAAGAACUGAAAAACUUGGUAAAAACCAUCCCGGGAUUAAAAGGGGAGCCAGGACCAGAGGGACUUGUUGGAAGAGCGGGCAAUCCGGGUGACAGGGGUGAAACUGGCGAGCCUGGACCCCCUGGCGAACAAGGUGAGCCAGGAAAGGAUGGCAUGGACGGAAAGCACGGAAGUAAAGGAGAAAAAGGAGAUAUGGGCCCUAUGGGAAAGCCGGGCGAGACAGGCCCCCCUGGUCCGAAGGGUCCAACGGGAGACAGAGGCAAACUCGGUCCCCAGGGAAGACCCGGCACUCAGGGUCAACCAGGACACCCGGGUCAACCAGGCAACCCAGGCAAUCCCGGACAGCAAGGGCCUCCCGGAUCUUCAACAAAUUUCGAACUUACUCAACUAAUCUCAUUUUUGAAUAACAACGAGAACGACACGAUAUCGACGAGAUUCUCGAAACUCAUGAAGGGAGCUCCAGGGAAUCCCGGACCCAUGGGACCCAUGGGACCUGCAGGUGCAGCCGGCGAACAAGGUCCUCCUGGUUCGCAGGGACAGCCAGGAUCGAGGGGAGCUGCUGGUCAGCCGGGAAACCCAGGCGCGACCGGACAAGCAGGCCAACCGGGACCACCAGGAUCAGCAGGUAGGGAUGGCAUCCCUGGUAAGAAUGGACCUCCUGGUCAACCUGGAAAUCCUGGUCCACCGGGAAGGACGCCUACCAAAUCAGAAAUCAAAGAAGCAUGCUUUAAAGUUUUAGAAGAAAGAAUGGAUGAGAUCGUGAGAGAUUUAAGGGGUCCUCCUGGUCCCCCGGGAGAGGGAAGGCCCGGAAAACCUGGCCCUCUUGGGCCACAAGGAUUGACAGGUGACCCAGGGCCGAGGGGCAUUGAAGGGCCGCGUGGUCCCCCUGGUGCCCCUGGUGAUGUCGACUACGGGGAGGUAGCCAGAAGAGUUAAGACCAUGCUUAAAAAGAAAAGUUCCCACAAGAACGACGAAAAAGCAUUCUUCAGUUGAAUGAACUCAAAUUAUUUUUGUUACGAUUUGUUUUGCACACACAAGUACUUGUUCAUAAUCUAAACACACAUAUGUACCAGUACAAUGUUCAAGAUUUGAUUUUUUAAUUAUAACUAAUACAAAUAUUCUUUCUUCAUUAAAUGAUAAAAUAUAGAAAUUAAUACACAUGCACACUGGCACCCCUGUUGUACUUACAGCUAAGGUAAUCUGUAAAACAGCAAAAUAAAAUUGUGUUUAAAUUAAUUAUUAAUUGCAUUUUUUUGCAGUCAACCUAGAACCCAGAACAGAUUGUUUUAUAUAUAUAUCGCCAUUUCCGACGUAAAAAAUUGCUAUGAAAAUAUGAGCUGAACUGAAAAUGUUGAACAAAAAAUAGCAAAAUGAAAAAGUUUACCCCAUAUUAUCAUGAAGGUGUUACAAUUUUGUCAUUAGUUGCAGAAUAUCGAAACGUGAAAAAAUUGAAAUAAAAUUACUACACAAAAAA